UCUCCAGUCUCACAGGUCGGCCGCCGUCAGCCAGUCGUUUUUGGGAUUUCCUCCGGGGACAAAGGCAGAAGUUGCAGGCAGUUUAGACUUUUAGGGCUUGUUCUGUUGGCUCUCCCUUACAGUGGACAACACUCAACAAGUGGCGGUCUGACACUGUCUCACUAGUGAGCUAACGGACACUAGUUGUCAUGAACGGCGUCCGCAGACUAUGGGGUGGGGGCCAGGACGUCACCCGCCACACCACAACCGCAGCCGCAUCAUGCAACGACAGAGACAACUCCAGCACCCACCCCGCCAGCUGCGGCAUCGAAAUCAUUGUGGUCACCCCAGGUCUCGCGAUCGGCCUCUCCAGCGGAAGACGAGCCACGCACCACCACACCCGGUCUGACUAUUCGCAAGACGAAGCAAGCACCCAUCAUCUCUUCGACAGUUGGAACAGUACCCCAGCAUCGCCACUAUCAUCCGCACAUUCACAUACAAGAAGUACAGAAUCUCACGUACUGCCCUCCCCGCCUCGAAAAUCUUCUGGAGGAAACCACCUUGCAGGUCCCUCAUAUCCCCAUGCAGCCCCUCCGGAUUCACUGCUGGCCUCUGAGCAUGUCAACAUUCGCGACGAAUUACUUAUGAGCUUGUUGACUAGCGAAGCUAUCGUGGACAGUCGUAAUUGUGAAAUACUCGGUGCAGAGGAAGUUGAGGAGUUGAAAGAGGAGUACCAAGUUCUCAAGAUUCGCCUCGCUGCUACGGAAAAGAAACUUAGUCUUGACGCCAAGAUGCGCGAUGCCGCUCUUUCGCUGUCUCGCAUCAAUGCAGUACAUGCGAGAUCUCCAAAACAGAUGGAAGAACAACUCGAAGCCGCCGAACGCAAGGUAACGGCUACCCAGAAGGAAUACUGGUACGUCUUAGAACGUGCGGGUGAAGUGCGCCAGAAGUUGCUUGAGCACUGUGCUGGGGUACUUGGAUAUUCGGUGCAGAAAAUGGAGAGGGCGGCUAAUCCCCUCGCUAACGGGUACGACUGCAAUGCUUUGGGCACCGAGACGCCGAGCGGUAGUUCAACGAAGAUUUCUCUUGUUACUUCCUCGACUGCACGUUUUGAUGCUACCCACCUUUUCGCCGGCCAUGCGGAUGCCCAGUUCCCGAGACUGCCUCCCUCUGCCUCAGACGUUGCCGAACUGGAGGUUAAAUUACGAGCAGCUACCGAGUCGUUGAAUGCUGCCAACAAGCAACAAGCGGAAAUGGCACGUGAGCUGCAACAGUUACGUCUCGAAAAGGAGCAGCUUGAAUUGGUUAUGGGAAUGGAAUUGCAGAACAAAAAUGACGAGCUCUCAAAAGAACGGUUAGUGUGGGAAGAGGAUAGAGCGAAGCUAGCCGUUCGGGAAAGAGAGGUCGAGGAGUUGCAACGACGCUUGGAUGGGCUGGAAGCAGAAGGUGAACGAGCGAUGGAAACAGAAGGAUUGCUAGCCGAUGCACAACGGAAGGCUGAUGCCAAAAUACAACAGAAGGAGGAAGAGAUGUCUGCGUUGGGGAGGCAAUUGGCAGAGAUGAGGGAUCAGUGGGAGGCAGAGAAACAUGCGAUGGAGGAAGAGCGUCUGGCUGAAGUAGGAGCACUGCAAGAAGAGCUGGAGUCGCUGCGAACGUCCACCGAAGCUCGGGCAGAACUGGAGGAGGCAGUGGAUAUGUUGCAUGCACUGAUGCGACAGUAUGACUUCCAGCAUUCUCAGGACGACCGCUCGUUGCAGGGUACGCUCUUGUCUCUCAAUUCUCACCUCAGCAGCUUGUCCGAAGUGCUGGAAGGUCAUCAUAAGGCAUGUGGUGAGUGGGAGUCUCUGCGCGAGCGCCUGGAGUCCGAACUACAAUCCGAAUACGAGGAGCAUCAAACAAUGGCUGCCGAGCUGGAAGUAAUACGGCGAGAGCGAGACGAGGCAAAACAAGAAAACGUCGAGUUAGACUUGCGUAUCAAGGCAUUAAGUGCACCAACCGUCCAUCAUGGUCCUCCUAUCGAGUACAAGGGCGAGAUAGCCGAUGUUGUGGCACUUCUUCAGCCCGCUUGGGCUGUACUUCCGGCUCCUGAACUCCGUGCUCCUACUCUUAGCACACGGCGGCAUCUCCGCGUUAUCUCUUCUGCGUCCAGUCCUGGUGGUCAAUCCAAAUCUGGUCUUCCGUCUCUGUCCGAUAUGGACGUGCGCUCUUUGAAAGCUCUUUAUGACGCCAAAUCACAACAGUCUGCUGUUGGGGGUCCCUUCUCCAUCGAGGCGUUCGUAGCGCGUGUGCAAGCACUUAUCAUCGACGACCGAGCGUUGAUCGAGAGAUUGAUCCGGUUUGCACAGGCUCACGAUAUGCUCAAGAAGAAUGCUGAACGAGCGCAGAAACUUGCCCAGGACAGUAACGUCGCGCUCGAGACGUACCAAAAACAUCUCGCUGUGCUGGAGAACCAGAAUCACGCCUUAGUGACGAGACAGUCAGCAUUAAUGGAGGAGAUUGAGGAACUUCGAACCUCUGUAGAACGUGCGGUGGCUGACAAAAGGCAGAUCGAGACGCACGCUGCUGAUCAAGCCGAGACCUGCAGACAGCUUACAGAAGCAAACAAUGUUCUCAGCGCCAAGACGCUGGCACUCGCGCAGGAGGCUGCUGCAGCACCAGAGGCGGUUCGCAAGCAAUUGGAGGGCCAGCUCUCGGAGUGCAGGGACAAGUUACGCAAAGCUGAGGAGGAAGUCCACGCCAUGCAGACGUCCGAGCAAACUCAGCGUAUUGCGUUGCUGGAUGAGCUCAACUCGGUGCAAACCGCCAACGCAAACCUGCGCGCACAGUUGAGGGCUGCGAAGCGAUAGCACGUCUUC